AAAGGUUCAGGAAGAGUACCAGGAUGGCGCUGACUUCUAUAUUUUGGUGCGCAGUUGGUUAUUUCGUUCUGGUACACAUGGCGGUGGCACUUGCUGAAUUUUCCUGCAGGAGCUCAAGCAUUUGCAAAAAUGAAAGUGACGUAUGCUGUGAAAAUGCAAAUGGAAAUCAGUGGUGUUGCCCAGAGACUAAAAUAUGCUGCAACGAAGAGACUGGAUGUUGCUUGUCCCGAAAUCAGGAAUCUCAAGGCAAACAGAAGGCACUGUUCAAAAGAAAAAUUUUGAAACAAACUAAGAAGCCAACACUUUUGGACAAGUUUAAAAGACAUGAAAUCAAAUUUUUAAGUUUGACACCCAAAUACAAAAAAUGUGAUAAAGAGGGAAUAUUUUAUUGUCCGGAACAGGAAACCUGUUGCGAAUCUUCUUCGGGUCUUUGGAAGUGUUGUCAGUACGAAAACGGGACUUGCUGUGGAGACAAAGAGAACUGUUGUCCUGCCAAUAGGACGUGCGACGGAGAAGGGUGCAAAAAAUUAGGUCCAAGCUUUGAGAACGUCCAAGCUCCAGGAGAAUUUUGCCCUGACCAAAAACAGGUGUGCCCGGACACUUUCUCCUGUUGUUUAAAUGGCAUCGAAACGUAUGGGUGUUGUCCGUAUAGGGAUGCUGUUUGCUGUCCAGAUCUCCUGAACUGCUGUCCCCCGUUGACGGAAUGUGACAUCGUAGAGAAAAAGUGUGUUCCAUUUCGGCAUCAGACUGGGCAGUAUACCAAAAAUAUACCUUUCACAAGGCUUCGUAUGAAUAAAUAACUGGCUGUUGGUUUUUCUGAUCUUUACUUUUCAAACUUUUGUGCCAAUAAAAA